CUCCAUUUCCCUCCACCCUCUCCCUCACCCCACCAGGCAGCUUGCUGCUUUAGCUUUCUCUCCCAUCGCUUUCUGCGCCUCUUUUGCAUCCAGUCUUUCCAUACCUGGAUUAAAUAUGUGAAAGAUGCUAUCCAAUAAGGCAUCAGAAGGACAAGGAGGGAAGCUGGGGUAAGCAGAGACAAUCAGAUUGUGUUUUGUUGCUAAAGAGAAAAUCAUUGUUGCCUGUUAUCGGCUGAAUGGCACCACCUUGUUUCUGGGAAUAAGCCGAAUAAGGAUGACUCUGGGGCUAUACAGUGGGUGAAGACUAAAGUCUAUAUGGAAAGCAUAAUGGUCUCCCAUAGUUAUCUCUCUUGUGAUGUGUCCUUUUGGCUCUUUAACUUGCCUGUCUGGAUUUUAACCCCUAUAACUGCUGCACCAAAUCUUGUCUGCAGAGUCUUGGGUUCAGGUUGAUGAGACAUUUCUGGGUUUUCUUUGGAUCUGCUCAUAAUUCGGAAAAUAUCCUGUUCUUUCUUGGUUAUUUAACCUAAAGGGACAAAUCAUUUCUGAUGCUUUUUCCUUAUGCUAAAGGGGAAAAGAGAGAGAAAAUAAAUGGCUUCCUUUUUGCCACUUAUCAUGGAAUACCAAGCCAAUAUUAGGUUGAGGAAUGGAUUUAGUUGGCGACACAUAAAGGAACGGUAGCACUACUUCUCAGCACCUUCCUGACACACAUCUCAAAAAAUACCAAUGAUCUAAACUCUGCUUCAGACAAGAGAAGACUGAUAUUUUUUCGUUGAAGAAUUUUUUUGGGGACAGCACAAAGAAGUGGAAACCUUUAUGGUAUAACAGGACGAAAACUCAGCGUGGAUCAUCCAAGACUUUGGAUUUGGGGAACCCAAAAAGGCCCUAUAAUUGUGCAAUGGGGUGGUUGUGUGAGAGGAUUGGUCCUGCAUUUGAUGUUCCUUCUGUUCUAUGGGGUCUCUCUGUGGGACAGAGAGAAAGAGGACUGCAGUAAAAAGAACAGGGGGGUGACAGUGAGAAGGGCUAGAGUGCCAGCCUUUAGCCUUGCUUUGCUCUGUUAGAAAUGCCACCCUGACAAUGGAUUACAAAUACAAGAAAGGAUAGGGAAAGCAUCCCUGUCAUAUUGGAAGGACACUAGUGAGGAAAGGAGAAACAUACAGAGGCAAAGACUACCAUGGAAAAGUUGUUCUGGGGUGUCCUGUUGGUAGGAAGCCUUGUGAAAGUCACCCAUACUUGCCCCUUUCACUGCACCUGUCAGAAUCUCUCAGAAUCCCUAAGUACACUUUGUGCAAAUAAAGGACUUUUAUAUGUUCCACCUUACAUUGACCGCAGGACUGUAGAAUUAAGGCUGGCUGACAAUUUCAUCCGUGUGGUAGAGCAAGAAGAUUUCCUUAACAUGACAGGGCUUGUUGACCUCACAUUAUCCAGAAACACCAUUGACAAUAUUAAACCUUAUGCUUUUGGAGACCUGGAAAGCCUACGAUCUCUUCACUUAGAUGGAAACCGUCUUACACUGAUACAUGAGGAAGCCUUAAGAGGGAUGCUUAACCUUCAGCAUCUAAUAAUCAAUAACAACCAACUAGUCACAAUUCCAGUAGCUACCUUUGAUGAUUUCCAUCUUACCUUGGAGGACCUAGAUUUGUCUUAUAACAACUUAGUUAGUGUACCAUGGGAGGCUAUUCAAAAUAUGGUCAGUCUUCAUACCCUCAACCUUGACCAUAAUUUGAUAGAAUCUGUUAUGGAAGGCACAUUUUCAGAGCUAUAUAAACUCUCAAGGUUGGACAUGACAUCCAACAGACUCCAUACACUACCUCCAGACCCACUCUUUGUUCGUUCUCAGACUGGGGUAAUUAGCCCAACUCCAUAUACAUCCACCAUUGUGCUAAACUUUGGAGGCAAUCCAUUUCACUGCAAUUGUGAGCUCCUCUGGUUACGUCGCCUGGUUAGAGAAGACGAUAUGGAAACUUGUGCUUCUCCGUCACAGUUGGCUGGCCGAUAUUUUUGGUCUAUACCAGAAGAAGAGUUUACCUGUGAGCCCCCUCUUAUCACCCGUCAUACACAUCAACUGUGGGUGUUAGAAGGGCAGAGAGCUACUCUUAAGUGCCGGGCUAUAGGGGACCCAGAGCCAGUCAUCCACUGGGUAUCCCCAGAUGAUAAGAUUAUGCCAAAUUCCUCCAGAACAGCUUCAUACAGAAAUGGGACUUUAGACAUAUUGGUUACUACAAUCAGGGAUGAUGGAUCAUACACUUGUAUAGCCAUAAAUGCUGCCGGAGAAUCAACAGCCCAGGUGGAUUUGAAAAUGAUCCCUUUGCCCCAUCGCAACAAUGGGAGUAUCAGUGUCUUAAGGCAGGACCCAGGUUCAUCUGACAUUACUACAUCAUCUAAAGCAUCUGCAAAUGUCACAGAGGAGAAAAGACUGCCAGAAAAUGCUGUUAUAGUUUCAGAUGUAACUUCUUCAUCUGCAUUGGUCCGUUGGUUCAUGAACAGAUCAGCCUACAUAGUGUGGAUGUAUCAGAUUCAGUAUAAUUGCACAGUUGAUGAAACUCUUGUGUACAGGAUCCUGCCAUCUACAACCAAGCACUUUGCCUUAAAGCACUUGGUACCGGGAGUGGAUUAUGACCUUUGCAUACUCGCCAUUUCUGAUGAUGUGGCCACCUCCUUAGCAGCUACUAGAUCCCUGGGGUGUGUUCAGUUCACUACAGGAGAGACAUUUCCAGACUGCCGGUCUUUGCAUGCUCAUUUUCUUGGGGGUACCCUAACCAUCAUAAUAGGAGGAAUCAUUGUAGUCACACUGUUGGUCUUUACAGUGGGCAUGAUGGUCAAAUAUAAGGUUUGCAGUAGUGCCCAUGCAGGCAUUCCCAAGGUUACUAAUGUUUACUCACAGACCAGUGGAAGUCAGCUUGUCCACAAUGGAUUGCCUCUUCAAUGUAGGAUGAACAAUGACUCUGCUAAACCUAGCUGCUCCAAUAUAACUUAUAGAGAGGAUACAGGAAGAAUUGUGCAUGGUGUCAAGCCACAAAGAAGAAAGGCCAGACACAGAGAAGUGAAAGAGAGAGAAGAGAACAAAAGCACUGUGGAAUCAGAAGCGGCUAGGACAGCACAUGGUUCCAGCCCAGAAGAUUAUAUUGUUUUUGGUGUUCCAAAAGCCAAACGCAGCUGCUCUGUGGAUAUGGGGGAAAUGGCAACUACUACUUGUUAUAGUUAUGCAAAGCGACUAAGUAUUAUAUGGACAAAACGAAGUCAGUCUGUGCAUGGCAUGCUCUCAAACUGUGGGACCGAGUUAUCCAAGGGAAAACAAGUGUUAUUUUCUAGCUCUGAUGAGCUUGAAGAAAGUGUAGUAUAGACAGACGGCUUCAGUGUUAGAUUUGUAAUUUUAAAAAGGGACUGCCUCCCUGGUGGAGUUAUAUAUACUGUACUUAAGACAGUAAACUCUUGAAUCACCAAUAACGAGCCAUGAGCACACUUUUCAUUCCAAUGAAGAUAAAGCAAAGUACAGCUGGAUUUAAAUGUUAAGGACUGUUUCACUAACUGUGUGAACUGUAAAAGUCAUUGGAAGGAUAACAAAAAACAAGGACAAAGCAGAGAAGGAAAAUCUGGUUUGAAGACACAAUUUUGCUGAGGUUGAAACACCUUCUUAUAUUCUUUAUGGAUACACAAGGCAAAAACUCUUUUUGGUCUCAGAGGAUUUAUUUUUAAAUCAAUACAUGCAAAGACAAAACCAAGAAACCAGCUUAACGCAUAUAAGGAGGAGCAAUGUGAUAAAAUGUAUCCUUCCUAGCAUUUUGCUAGAUUUAGAAUCUACCAGUAUUUUCUGUUUUCUUACAUUACAAAACUCCUCUGGUAAUUCUAAAGGCCCCUGCAAAUUGGGUUUAUAGGCCAAAUCCACAAAUAUUCCUAUAAAUGGUCAUUACAAAAUGUCGAUGACAUCAAAAACAAUUUCAGAAGCUGGGUCGACAAAGACAUGAAUCAACAAUGAAUAGUUUAACCGAGCAUACUACACCUAUCCCACUGAACUGUGCUAUAUGAUGAGUUCUACCCAGCACAAAGGUUGGAACCAAAGCAUUUCCGAUCACAUUUUGUGUCUAUGGAUGCUGGUGUGUAUGUGCGUGUCUGCUUAUAUUUUGCUUGGAUUAACUCAUAGUAAAUGGCCCAGUGUAAAAAUGUGUCUUUUAGUAGUUCACCUUUCAGGAGCAAGUUAACGUUUGUCAUAUCAGCAAAGUUCUUAAAAGGUGGGGGUAAAAACCUUUAGCACUUUAAAGUCUCAAAUAUCACAACCUAAGAUACAAAUAUAUAACUAUCUCUGCUCAUUGGUAUUUUUUCUAUUAUUUGCCAAUAAAGAAAAAAAAUAAAUACUU